AUGUUCGAAAACAGAGGGCAUGACGGGCAAGACUCUGGCGGGGUCAUCGUCCCCUUCGGAGCGGAAUUCAACUACCCGAGCAUGAGCAACUUGGAGGCAGUUGGAGCAAGCAAAGAGGGAUUGUUCAUCAUGCACUUUCAACGUCUGCUCUGUCAGCUGAGGUAUUGCCACGAGUUCUACAAAGGCUACAUUCACACGACUUGGGACGUCCGCGGAAAGUGGCCGAAAAACGUGGCAGACAGCAAAGGGAGACACAUGUCCCCCGACAAUGCCGUCGCCUUCGCCUUGGAGGAAGAAGACCAGGGUUUUGACGCCUUUGUUGCUGGAUUGGUCUUCGUCUUCGGUCUCCGAAGUGGCCAUUCCCCGGACGACUGGCACUGCGUCGCCUUGGCCUGCUCAGCAGGAUGCCAUCGCUCGCUGAGCAUCGCCAUCGUCUUGGCCUUCGUCUUCGGCAUGUCGCUUUGGGCGCCUUCGCUGAAGAAGGGUUUCGACGACCCGGCGAAGAUCCCGGUGCUGGAGGCUGCUCUGGGACGCAAAAACGGCAGCCUCUUGCUGGAGAGGAUCAAGGAGCUCUGCGAACAUGCAGAGCUCAAGCCAUUUGUCAGAAGUAACAUUAGAGGAUUGUUUGGUAAUUUUUGGUUGCCAGUGGCCCACUGGGUCUGUACUUAUUUUUGCUUGUUGACAUAA